CUGGCUGGGAUCACAAGCCUCCAAGACGGAAUCCGGUCUGCUGGGAAAUGUCAUACAUAGAGGAGUUGUGGAUUUGUCCACUUCUGUUGCACGAGCUACACCAAACUGUGCCCAAUGCGACUCGCGUCUGGUGAGUGGUUGGGAGGAUCGAGUGGAAGACUACCGAGAUGAGGAGGCCUCCGGGGGUCCUAGAGCAGACAGACUCAGAGUAAGAUCCCUGGACUGCCCCCAAAGAAAUGACCAAGGGAAAAUAAUAAAAAAACACUACCACCCCCUCCCAGGAAGCGAACCUCCUAAAGUCUACAACCUUAAAAUGGCAGCAGCUUUGACCCUUCCAGCUCCAGAGGAACAGGAGAAAUUUCUGACAGUGAAGGUGGAGGAGGAGAAUCAUAUAUGGGGGCAGGAAUCUGGACCACAGAGGAAUGACCUUUACACUAGAGAGAUCUUCCGGAGGCAGUUCAGGAGAUUCUGUUACCAGGAGACCCCUGGGCCUCGUGAAGCUCUUCGAAGGCUUAGAGAACUUUGCCUUCAGUGGCUGAGACCAGAAGUGCACACAAAAGAGCAGAUUCUGGACUUGCUGGUGCUCGAGCAGUUUCUCAACAUCCUCCCUGAGGAGCUCCAGACCUGGGUGUGGGAACAUCGUCCCGUGAGCGGAGAGGAAGCAGUGACAGUGCUGGAGGAUUUGGAGAGAGAGUUUGAUGAGUCAGGAGAGCAGGUUCCAACUCAUGCUCAUAAACAGGAGAUGUUCUUGGAGGAGAUAGAAGCAACACAGGAAUCACAAAAUAUUCAGUUCCAGCCCUUGGAAACACAGAUCCAAUGUAAAUCACAGGAGAUGCAUCCUAUUAAAGAAAUUGAUGGCAAGACCAGCAUUGAGAAUGGAGAGUUAGCUCCAAAGCAGGAAACUUCUACAGAAAUGGAUAGAAUUGACAAACUGAAUUGUGAUAUUCUCCGGGGUCCUGAAUGUAGAGAAAUGUGUGAACAAGAAGGCAGAUCAGAAAGACAAUGGGGGAACCCUGCAGUGGAAAGGCCUUAUGUAUGUGGUGAAUGUGGGAAAAAUUUUACUCAGAAUUCCAUCCUCAUUGAACAUCAGAGAACCCACACUGGAGAGAAACCCUAUGAAUGUGAUGAGUGUGGGAGAGCCUUCAGUCAGAGGUCUGGCCUUUUCCAACAUCAGAGACUCCACACAGGAGAGAAACGAUAUCAGUGUAAUGUAUGUGGCAAAGCUUUCAGUCAGAAUGCAGGGCUUUUUCAUCAUCUCAGAAUCCACACUGGAGAAAAACCCUAUCAGUGUAAUCAAUGUAGUAAAAGUUUUAGUCGGCGCUCAGUCCUUAUCAAACAUCAGCGAAUUCACACUGGAGAAAGACCUUAUGAAUGUGAUGAGUGUGGCAAGAACUUCAUUUAUCAUUGUAACCUUAUUCAGCAUCAGAAAAUUCACACAGUGGCCAAGUCAAACUAGCUCCUUGUAGUAGAGGCUAGGACUAGACCUUCCAUUUCUUUGGUACAGGGAACUCCCAGAAAAGGACAUCCUCUGUGUUGAUGGAGUUUGGCACUUUAUAAUCUUAGAGAGUUGACUAGGGGCACUGAGAGGUUGAAGGUCUUGUGACGGGUUACAAAACAAGUGUGUGUCAGAAGUGGGACUUAAACCCAGGUCUUCCUGUGUCCAAGGUGAGCUCUCUUUCUGCUGUGCUGUGCAAUAACUGGGGCAAAAUUUACAGAUGCCAGAAUUGUAGGCGAUUUAUCUGGGGAAUCAGUUCUUUAUUUUAUCCUCCUUUGAGCAUCAGAAUGAGAGGAUGUUAACCGUGUUUAACUUUUUAGUGUAUUAAUUUCCUUCCAGGGAAACCUAGUGGUGAUGCCUAAACCAUUCUCUGAGAUAGGUGCUUAUUGUAAACAAUGUGUUAAAUAGUGUAAAUAAUUAUUUUAAUAAUGUAAUGAACUUUUAAUUAAGAAGGAGCCAAUUACAUUCUUAAGAGAAUUUAAAAUGCUACCUUGAUAACAGCUUUGUCAGGGUAUUGCUUCCAAUACAACUCAGUCAUAGUGUAUCCCUAAUCAAAAAUGGAUAUUAGUCAAAUACGCUUAUCUGCUUGAUACUGAAGCCAUUAAGUUUCUCAGCCCAUUUUUAAUACUUAUGGAUGUAGAAAAUACCUUACAAAUACAACCUGAGCCAGUGUUUUGUCAGUUAAUCUGCUUUGUUAAAAAAAAAUGGAAAAACCAAAAUACUUAGUAUUUUCAAUAGCCUGAUUCCAUUCAUAUCUCCUAGUAUAAUGACAUAUCCUUAAAAUUGCAGAAGGGAGAAAGCCACAACGAGCUAUCCUUCAUAGAAUUAAAUUCGUCAGCACUCCCAGAAUUAUAGAAAAUAUGUUUUAGCAGUUCAGUGAAUAGUCAUAACUACUGUUGCAUAUGCUUGCACAGAUAACUUCUAGAAUACUUUUAGAAUUUGGUAUUUCUGCAGAUUCUUUUGGUGGGACUGUAGCUUAUUCAUAGUUUCAUUUGUCAUCACAUAUAAUCAUUAUGAUGGAUUUUCAUAAGCCCAGCUGUCAUCAGUACUCCCUUUUGAAAGAAUCACCAAGGUUCCCAUGGAACAAUCUGUUAUAUUCACCCAAAGGUAAACUCUUUUUUUCUGUCAAACAAUAUUAAUUGAAUAACUACUGUGUACAAAGCCUUGUACUAGAUACAAUGAAGGGGUAAAGUAAUAUAAGACAUGGUGACCACCUUUGUGGAGCUGAUAAGCUGGUUGGGAAGAUGGAAAAUAAAGAAAAUGGCUUAAAACUCAGACUGCCAGAAUUAGAAGGGAAUUUAGAGAUCAUCUAGUCUGAGGAUUCUUAGCCUGCAGUCUAUGAACUUCUUUUUAAAAAUAUUUUGAUAACCAUUUCAAUAUAAUUGGUUUCCUUUGUAU